AUGUCCUACUCCGACGACAGCCAGAAUUUCAGAACACUUGGAGAAGGCCAGACUUCAGAUAACUUGCGACAAUGUGCUGACCAGCUAGUUAGCAAGAAGAAACUCCUUGAAAGAACCCGUGCCAGGCGAGAGAACCUGCAGAAGAAAAUGGCUGAGCGGCCCAAGAUGGGAGCGAGACCCACAAUGCAGACCAAGAGGGUCAGAGAGCCUUUGUUAGAAACUGGGAACCAGGUGCCUCUUCCUGCAGGAGAAGUGAAACCUGGUACAAAGCCCUCACCAUCAAAGAGGCUCUGCCCUAACAAUACGGAGACUCAAGCUCCCAGUUCACAGAACAUACAGCCAGUUCCUUCAAGUUCCACAAGCCAGCAUUCUCCUGAGAUGACUUCAGAGUUGCACAUAACUGCUUCUAACAGAGCUUCAUUGCUUCAGCCUCUUGAGAAAGGAAAAACAAACACUGAAUCAGAAACUCCUGCAGCUCCUGCAGCUCUUUCAGUCAAAACACGUAUGCAGAGGUUGGCAGAACAGCGACGCUGCUGGGAUAGCGAGGAUCCCUCUGAGUGUGUUCCCCUGUCUCCUCUCCAGUCAAAAGAUCUGCCUGUUUCUCCACCUAAGCAGACAUCUAAUGCCCUGGCAAGUGAUACCCCUAUUGGGAGAAGAGGCCGUUUAGCUAACCUUGCUGCUACAAUUGGUUCCUGGGAAGAUGACCUAAGUCAUCCAUCUGCAAAGCAAAACAAUGCACAAGAACAGCCUGGCACUACUUGUUUAUCCAAAUUGUCCACUACAAGUGGAGCAUCUGCUAGAAUCAAUAGUAGCAGUGUAAAGCAGGAAGCUGCAUCCUGUUCUCAAAGGCUUGUUGAGGCUCCUAUUAAUAAACCAGCAAACUCAAAGACAGCGGAUCCAAACGAUUUAACACGAUCCUCAAGAGUCACUGUUCCCUGUUCUAAAGAACCUGCAGCACAACAGCCGCUACCAGAGAAUCCCUGCAGCCCUCAGAAAACUGAAAAGCGUACACAAACAGCAAAAUCAACUUUGCCUCAACCAGUUCAGUCCAAAGAAGAGCCAGUCAAAGGAACACAUGUGCAACCUGAACCUAAGGGUAAACCCACAACACCAGGGGGAUCAGGAAUUAAACCCUUCCUGGAACGCUUUGGGGAGCGCUGUCAAGAGCGUAGUGCACAGAGUCCUGCUACGAAUACUCCAGGGUGCAGAACACCCAUUGUUACCCCAAAUACCAGGACAAUCCAGGAAAGGCUGCUUAAACAAAAUGAAAAUUCCUCUACUGCCAGUUUAGCACUUCAGCUUAAGCAGGAACGUGAACGAGAACUUGCAUGUCUUCGUGGCCGGUUUGAUAGGGGCAAUCUGUGGAGUGCCAAGAAAAACGAAAGUCCGAAGAGAAAACUUCCAGAAGCUAAAAUGGAAAGCCAAUCUCAGGCUAGUCCAAAACAUUCUCCUUGUUCCAGUGCCACCACUUUUGCAUCAGCAGAAGACACAGCAGCAAGUGAUAGGCCAGCAAAGUCUCCCAGCGUGGAGUCUUCAGGUGCUCCUAGAUGUGAAGAGAGUCAUAAACCCAGUCCUCUGAAGAUCUCUGAGACAAAGAGUCCUGUAAAAGCAGUAUCUGUCUCAAAACUUGAGCAAUGUGCUGAGAAACUGAAAGAUGAAGUAUACGAAAUUGAAAUGAGUGUGGAUGAUGAGAUGAAUAGCUCGAAAGUGAUAAAUGAAAUUUUUGAAGUUCUUGAAGAAGAUGGUCCAGACAUAGAAAAGCUGAAGAAAGAAAUGAGUAUGAGCCUGGAAGGAGAAAGUGAUGAGGAUGAGCAGGAAGAGUCACUUAAUAUUUCGUCAAUGUCUCUGUUAACCCCUUUAGUGGAAUCUGUUGGUCCAGAGGCCUUUGUUUCUCCUUGUAAGUCAACUGGUGAAGGCAGCAGUAUCAGUGAUGUAAGUCUGAAGUCUGACAAGUUCCAAAGGACUAAAGUCCCCAGGGCAGAAUCUGGAGACAGCAUUGGCUCUAUAUCAGAUGAUCGCAACCUUCCCUAUAGCAUUGAUGCAUACAGAUCUCAAAGAUUUAAAGAAACCGAUCGUCCUUCAAUAAAGCAAAUCAUUGUUCGCAAAGAAGAUGUUGCCUCCAAGCUAGAAAUGAAAAAGAAUGGCCCAUCCGACCAAGUCAAUAUCAAAAAGAAAAUGCAGGAGCUCAAUAAUGAGAUCAACAUGCAACAGACAGUGAUUUAUCAAGCCAGUCAAGCUCUGAACUGCUGUUUUGAUGAGGAGCAUGGAAAAGGGUCACAAGAAGAAGCAGAAGCAGAGAGACUUCUUCUCUUAGCAACUGAGAAAAGAACUGCUUUAUUGGAAGAACUGAAUAGACUGAAGAGUGAGGGACCUCAUAGUAAAAGAAAUAAAUCUACUUCUAUAGCCACUGAAUACACUCCAUCCAGGGGAUCUGUUUCCAUUUCAGAAAUGCGUCUACCUCUAAAAGCAGACUUUGUAUGUGGUACAGUUCAAAAGCCAGAAGCAGCAAAUUACUACUAUGUAAUAAUACUGAGAUCUGGAGCAGAAAACAUGGUUGCAACACCAUUAGCGAGUACUGCCAGCUCCCUGAAUGGAGAUGCUCUUACUUUUACUACAACAUUUACUAUGCAUGAUGUGUCAAAUGACUUUGAAAUAAGUAUAGAAGUUUACAGUUUGGUACAGAGAAAAGAAGUUCUGAGCACUGAUAAAAGGAAAAAGGCAAAUAAAUCUAAGGUUAUUACCCCAAAGAGAUUAUUAACAUCUAUUACCUCUAAAAGCACACUUCUUACUCCAGCCAUGGCCAGUCCAGGUGGCCCUAAUGCUAUACGCAGUACGAACUUCACCCUUGUUGGAUCCCACAAGCUGUCACUGUCUUCUGUAGGAAAUGCCAAAUUUGCAUUGGAUAAGGUUCCCUUUUUGUCUCCUUUGGAAGGUCAUAUAUAUCUGAAGUUAAAAUGCCAAGUGGACUCCUCUGUGGAAGAGAAAGGGUUUUUGACUAUGUUUGAAGAUGUUAGUGGAUUUGGAGCAUGGCAUAGGCGCUGGUGUGUGCUGUCUGGAAACUGUAUAUCUUACUGGACAUACCCAGAUGAUGAAAAACGAAAGCAUCCUUUGGGCCGGAUAAACUUGGCCAACUGCACGAACCAUCAGAUUGAACCUGCCAACAGGGAGUUCUGUGCCCGUCCCAACACUUUUGAACUAAUAACUGUCCGACCUCAGAGGGAAGAUGACAGAGAGACUCUUGUCAGCCAAUGCAGAGACACCCUCUGUGUUACAAAGAACUGGCUGUCUGCUGAUACUAAAGAAGAGCGUAACCUUUGGAUGCAAAAGCUCAACCAAGUCCUUGUUGACCUUCGCAUGUGGCAGCCUGAUGCCUGCUACAAACCUAUUGGAAAGCUUUAAACUCAGGAAGGGAAAUACAAAGAAAAUAUGUCUGUAAAACCCGCAGGAACUAUACAAAAAAAGGAAAGAGGAACUUAAAUGGCAAUGUGGGAAGUCUUCUGGGUCACUUAUGCUUUAAAUUUGAGAGUAUUUAACAUUAUACAGGAGUAUAUUAUGCAGUAUUUUUAUUUCACUUCUAAGAAUUUUAAAGCUUUUUUUACUUCCUAACUUUUGAG